AUGGCAAAUGGUAUUUUCAAAAACAUAAAAAUACAAAUAUUAAUAUUCGUCUAAAAUCCCAUUGUAUUUUUAUUUUUUAGAUUUAUUUUUAAUAACUUGAAUAAGCUCGUGCAAAAUCGUUAAUUUAUCUGUAAGUUUAUAAAUAUUCCAUCAAGUAUAAUUUUCCAAAUGAUUCACUAACUGAAUAAAAAUGAUCGAUAGAAAUAAAAUAGAAUAGAGCAAUUAAUUUUUAUUAUUAUUCCUCAAAAUUAGCAUUCUUAUAUUCCAAUAAAGUUUUAUUUCUUACAAUAUCAAAAUUACCAGAACGUAUCAUUUCCAUCUCCCACUUUUUUAAAUCCUUGGAAUAUUGUGCAUUAUGUUGCAUAGCCUCUGUGAUAUAUGGUUCCUUUUCUUCAUCCGACAAUGCUUUCCAGCUCACAGACACUGAUUUUAUCCAAUCCUGACGAAGAAAUUUAUAAAACAAUUGGUAAUAUUAUGAUUUUUUAAACAACAAAGUAACUCUGUUCAGAAAACUCAGUACCUGAGUAGGGAUAUCUGGAUCUUUAUCUUUCCUCUUUGACCACAAGUAAAACAAAUACGCGUUCAAUGGUUUCUUUGGCUUUCCAAGUACUUCAUAUUUCUGGAAUCAUUUAACCUUUAGACUAAUCGAUAAAAGAUAAAUGUCUUGAUUCGAUCCAUCCGUGUAAUUACCUUUUUGAUAUCUGCUUUUUCAUAUUCUUUCUUCUUUUGUUUCCACAAUUGCUUUUGUUCCUCAGUAACAGAGUCAUCAUAUUCUCUCAAUUUUUCUGUAUAUAUUUUGUAAUUUUUGUCGAACUCAACUCUAAAAUUCUGCUUUUCAACAAAAUCCAGUUUUGCCCACUCGUUGGAUGCUCUUUGUAAUAUCUCAGAAUAUUUCAUAUCAGGUUCUUCUUUGAUAAACUGUGGUUUAACAUGUCUCACAUACAGAAGAAAAGGGGAUUCUGGCUUUUUUGGUUUUGGUGGGAAAAUUGUUGCUUUCAGACGUUUUAACGCAUGUUUUGUGAUAUUUUGGUGAAAGCUUAGCAAGUGAUUUCUAAAACAUUGAAUAGCAAAAAAAAGGAAGAUCAUUACAUCGUUAAGAAAAAAAUUUCUGUAAAAACAACUUUUUUUUACGUGUAGUUACAGAAAUCGAAAGAUGGCAACAAGAAAUUAAUUCACAUGCGUGAAAUAACCUCCGUUCGCGAAUUAUUUUGAAAUCAUCUGUAAGAUUCUUUUAUCUUAAUUUUUUAUUUAAUUAAGGUCUUCCAUUCUACCUUGUGCACAGUAAUCCCUCCGAACGCACAAAAAAUGCAAAUCUUCCAGAAUACAUUAUUUUCCAAAUAAUAAUUUUAACUCAUGCUUUUACUUGCACUGCUAAUAAGGCUCCCUCUUCAGUGGAUAAACAUACAAAUCACAUGGGAAAAAUAAAACCACGAUGGGAACUUGCUCGAACAUCAUUUGAAUUACAUUUCGCGAUUUUCAGCAUUCCAUCCCAAAUGGAAAGAUUUUGCAAUGUAUCAAUGGACAUCAUACAUGUCACUUUUGUUAUAAAAAAAUUUCGAAAUGCCCGAUAUGCACUGAAAAUUUUCUUACGAUUGGAAACUUAGUUGCAGAGAAGAUUAACAGUCUUGAAAACAUCAAGGUUGAGUGA